AUGAAGCCUACAGCCAAAGUCUUUGAAUACUUGAAUUAGUACCAUUAUUAUCUCCCCUAAAACCUUGAGCAAGUAUAGAAAAUGUUUUAUGAACAAAUGGUGUAGCAUUUGCAAUUGGGAGAUAGCUUUAAGAACUCAUUUAUCAGUCAAAUAUCACAAAUUAACCAAAAAGCAUAGAAAGAACCAGAAUUCAGACAAUUGAUACGAGAUACAUGGUUUGGAUUUGUGAAUAAAACAUCCAUUACUCAAAUAUGUUCGAUGAUACAUCAAUAAGAGAUAAAGGAUGUCCAGGAAUUCAUAUUGAAAGUCUUACUAGAACCUAAAUCAUUUGAGAUUACAUAUGUUGAUGAUUUACUUUCAGUUUAUGAGGCUUAUUUUUAGUCUAAUAAAGGUAUGGCAUAAGUAGUUAUCAGGAAUAGAUUCAGAAUGAUAAUCAGUAAGUUGAUAUGCAGCAAAUACGUAAAAUCAUUAGAAUCUAGAUAUUAAUAAAAGUUUAACUAAUUCUUAUUUGACAUUUACCUUAAAAAGAUUGAAAGACUAGAUUAAAAUAUUGUAAUUUCAACCGAAUUCUUCACAGAAUCCAAUUUCUUUUAGAAAAUGUUUGAAUAAUUAUUUGAUUCAUCAGAAAUGCAAGGAACAUUUUACAACCUUAUAAAGAAUGUUAUCUAAAUUAUUGUACGUGAAAUUACAGGGAUAGCAUCAUAAUUAGAUAUUUUCACUCAAUUCUAUCAUUUGUAUUGCGAAAAAGAUAAAAUUUUAUUUGAAAAAUGGGAUCAAAGACCCAACAUUGAUCAGAGUAAAUUAGCCACUGAAAUCUUUUAGAAAUAUAAAGAAAAUUAAGAUUUAAGAGAAGCAAUACGGAUAGUUUUUUAGAAAAUCACUCAAAAUCAAAGCAUAGAUUAUAAGAAAUUGUUAAAGGAUUUGGUCUCUAAAGACAUUUAUAAUAGAGAGAAUGAACAAUGGGUUAGUAUGAUUUUGAGGGAAUUUGAUUAGUAUAAUAUUCAAAGAAAUCGAAAACAACCUGCUCCAAAUGAUUUUCAAUCUUAUCUGAGAGCUCAAGGAUUCACAUAGAAGGCAGAAAGAAGAGGAGAAUAAGAAUAUGAUCACGCUAAAUUUAAUUUAAUUAUUCAUGAUCAAAAUAAUUUUACAGUGUAUAAUAAAAUUAACAAACAGACUAAAAAAUUUGUGUAGAUUAAAGAAGUAUAUCAUUAUAUACAAACUAGCAUUUAGAAUUUUAAUAAUUGA